AUGUCGUCACCAUCAUCUCCUCCUUCAAAAUCUUUAAUAUCUCCCUCUCCUUCCCCCUCUCUUCCCCCCUUCUCAGACAUAAUUACUUUGAAUGUAAGUGGUGUUAAGUAUAAAACAUAUCGAUCAACAUUAACAGCGUAUCCUGAGACGUUGCUCGGUACAAUGUUUCAAGAAAGAAAUAAAGAAUUACUAAAUCCAAUUAAUAGUGAUAAUGAAAACAAUGAAUAUUUUAUUGAUCGUAAUGGUAAAGCUUUUCAUUAUGUAUUAGAGUAUUAUCGUAAUGGUGAAAUAUUAAGAGAAUUUGAUUAUUUCCAAAUUCCAAUUCCCAACACUAUACAAAAUGCAUAUGGAAAUCAAAUUGCUUUAAUCACAUUGAACCAAUUCAUCAAAGCAAUGGAAAACAUUAUAAAAUUACAUAUAAUUAAUUUCAGAUCAUAUUUUGGAUUAAAAGUUAUUUCAAAUGGUGAAAUAAUUUAUUGUAUAAAUGACAUAAUUACUUUGAAUGUAAGUGGUGUUAAGUAUAAAACAUAUCGAUCAACAUUAACAGCGUAUCCUGAGACGUUGCUCGGUACAAUGUUUCAAGAAAGAAAUAAAGAAUUACUAAAUCCAAUUAAUAGUGAUAAUGAAAACAAUGAAUAUUUUAUUGAUCGUAAUGGUAAAGCUUUUCAUUAUGUAUUAGAGUAUUAUCGUAAUGGUGAAAUAUUAAGAGAAUUUGAUUAUUUCCAAAUUCCAAUUCCCAACACUAUACAAAAUGCAUAUGGAAAUCAAAUUGCUUUAAUCACAUUGAACCAAUUCAUCAAAGCAAUGGAAAACAUUAUAAAAUUACAUAUAAUUAAUUUCAGAUCAUAUUUUGGAUUAAAAGUUAUUUCAAAUGGUGAAAUAAUUUAUAUACAAAAAGAACAACAAAGUGAACCUUUACUGCCAAUCGACGAAUUGUUACCAUUCAAAAAUUCUAUUUACAAAAUUUUGUCGACAGCUGAAUAUCAAAUUAAAAAUUAUUUUGAAAAGUUAUUUAAAGAUAUCAAAUUAUCCUGGAUAAACCAUCAAACUGAACUCUAA